CACAAUCCCUUUCUAUACCUUGGACUGGGAAUAGACUGAAUAGUUCAGCUGUUACAUCUUCUGCCUUAGGACAACCAACUCAGCUCACACAAUCCCUUUCUAUACCUUGGACUGGGAAUGGACUGAAUAGUUCAGCUGUUACAUCUUCUGCCUUGGGACAACCAACUCAGCUCACACAAUCCCUUUCUAUACCUUGGGCUGGAGAUGGACUGAAGAGUUCAUCUUCUCACUUAGAGCAACUAGUUCAACAGACACAGUCCCAUCCUAUAUCUUGGACUGGGGCUGAACGGAAUAACAUGAACUUUAAAGAAUCCUUCUCCUCAGGAAUGCCGAUGCAUCAAGCACAGUUCACUGCCAUGGCUUGGACUAAAAACGAACAGAACAAUUUGAAAUCUCCUAUGCUAGGGCAACCUGUUCAAACAAAACAGCCCCCAUCUGUGCCUUGGACUGGAAGUUUGAUUGACCACCAUAAAAUAUUCGACAACAUUUCCAUUGCUCAAACAUGUCAGAGGACCACAAGUCCAAUAUAUCCUAGCCCCAGCAUAAAAGUUACUCCUAAGUCAGCACACUUAAGUACUCUCCUUCCAAUGAAUGUAAUGUCACAGCAUUUAGGAUUGAUGCUGAAUAAAGGUUCAGCUCUCAGUUCGACUGCACCUGUGUUUACACAAGAGCAUGCAAAGAGAGGUAUGUGGUCACCUGCAGCAUUAGAUAAAGACUCUUCUAUGAUAGCACCAGUGCAGACAAAAUCAAACUAUGUACAUUCCUUGUCUGAAUAUAUUGAUGAGGAUGUUGAUUUGAAUCACAUCGAGAGAGAAGUGUCACAAAUGAAAUCAACUGCAAAUGUUAUGAAGAAUCAUACAUAUACUGAAUAUACAUCAUCCCCAGUGGCUGUAGAGAGAGGACAGCCAUUACUAAGUCCAAUUGACCCAAUGAUACCCAGGACGUUGCCAGACUCUCCUCUAAGUGAUGUAGAUUUGAACAGUCCAAAUGUUCAGUACAAUCUGCAACCAUCAGCCCAUCCAUCUUUAGCUGAAUCUAUUUUAGAGUCUCCCUUGUCUGAUUUAGGCCUCACUAUUAAACUUUCUAAUAUAUUCCAAAGAGGAAAGGCAGACUGUACACCUGUGAUGGAUGACAACUUAAACAAACCAGACGAUGAUGUAUAUAACAUUAUAGAUUUAGACACAAGUAUGACAAUCAGUCCAUGUCAUGGUCAACGCCAAGAUAACCCAAUCAUAAAGCCCAACAAUGAACCAGAUGAAGGAUUUAAAGUGGAUGGACCCCUCCAAGUAAAAAUGAUAUCAUCUUGCAUGUUUACAAAGUUUAUUGUUUAAGUUUAAUCAUUUAGAGUUAUCUGUUUACUGCACCUGUUUCUCGUUGAGGCAACAAAGUAAUUUUCAGCAUUACUUUACAAACAGGGAUACAAGUGGAUAUUUCUGCCAACGGA